AUGCGCUCGCCGUAUAUAUUCCAUCUACCUUUUUACAGUCUCACUCUGGAACGCGCUUGGCGUUCGACUCGACUAGUCAAGUCUGUCCUGCGGCUCUCCAGUCAAACCACGGAGAUCAGUCAGGUGGUUCUCAAUCUGGAGGAAUUUAUGGCUCAUGUGGACAAGUAUUCCGGUUCAGCGCCGCGUAUGCACCUGCCAAUCUCGCUGAAUAUGCUUGCUGAUCGGGCCAUGCGCAAUCGAUCCUACGCCAAGGCUCUGCGCUACAAAGAGCUAGAGUUUCUGGAAGAAAUCGACAAACGCUCUAGUCCCACACCGGCCACGCUGUCCGCACUCCUGGCUAUCUACGAUAAGCUCCAGCUCUCAGAGGCCUCGACUGGUGUCCUGCUUUACGCUACGCGUGAUCCACGUACCAAGCUGGCUGAUGAAGAACUC